CCAACAGUCCUCUUACCAGUCGGUCACAGCGGCCGGUAAAAUAACUAUAGUCCACUAUUUGCACCUGAAGAACAUCCACGCGCUACUUUCUGUUUAUUUUCCGAGUGUUUGCAAGUCGAGGCGCCGCUAUGGAGAAGGAGCCGCAACCAGAGUCCCUUUCCGCAGUCACCAUCAAACCGGAAUACGCACCAUCCGAGGUCUACUCUUCGGAGCCGCCGCCGGCAUAUCACAAACCUCAAAGUGCCGCAGUGCAGGUGGCCAAAAUUGUAGCCGUCACGGUGGUCCUCGUGUCUGUAGUGCUGGGAAGCUUCAUUCUAGCUUCUGCCUAUGUCUCGGCUAACGCCAGCUGCAGGCAGCUGGAGCAGGAGUUGGAGCUGCUGAGCGAAGCUGCAGACCGCUUCCAGCCACCACCACAACCUGAAGCUCUCAUCCAGGAAGCACCGUUUCCCGUAAAACGCCACUCAGAUCCGCUGGAAGCCGAGGAACCCCAAAGAGAUACCAAAGAGAUCGAGACCAACAACAUCGACAAUGACGCCGACUCCGAUAGCUCGGACAGGAGUUCUGAAAGUUCCGAAUCCAACGAAACCGAAGAAGAGGACAGAACCCCAAUCCACAUUAAGUUACCCUUACAGUUGGACUUCGACGACCUGGCCAGCGCCCUCAUCGAAAAGAACCAGAGGUCGCGAAUGAACUGUAUCGUGGAGAAGAAGCGAGCCGAAGAAGUAGUCGACCAUCAGCCUAAGACCAUCAGGUUGCCGUUCGGAGUUAAUCUGACCACCGAUCCUCGUUUGGAGAGGUUGAGCGGAGAACGCAUGGUCAUCAUCUGUGAAAGUGGACACAUCCAAAAGGCCCAACCCCCACCACCACCUCAGCCCGAGGAAGAAGAAGAAGACACCAUCAUGAUCCAACCAGUGAUGAUCCCCAUUCCACACACGCCCUUCCAAACCCACAUGCCCCAACAGAUGCAACCCGUCAUGCAACAACAAGAACCCCAGCCUUUCCCCAUGCGCCCUCCCAUGAACCAAAUGCACCCCAUGGAAACCAUGAGGCCACCAAUGCCACCCAUGAUGCAACCACAAGUACAAAUCCAAGCCCAGCCACAGCCACAACCCCAGCAGAGCGACUUCCCACCAAAUCCCAUCCUACACCAUAUCGUGCAGCAAAUCAUCGCGCAGAAGAUCAUGGAGACCGAGAAGGCUAGAGAGGAACAGCAACAACAGCAACAACAGCAGCAGCAGCAGCAACAGCAGCCGCAGCAGCAGCAACCUCAGCUUCAAGAACUGCACACCGUGGUAGAACCACGUCCCCAGCACCGUUUCCAGGUACCUCAGCCUAUGGUAGAGCAGAGGUUCCCGAUUCCCGAAGAGGUUCUCACUCAGCUCAACAGAUUGCCCAAUCGCGAUGUUAUUGUGGCGGUUUCUGAACCGGAAUCAGAUGAGAAUUCUCAAGAAGUACGUUAUGUUCAAGAACAAAGGCAGAAUGCUGCUGAAAUGAACGGCAGACAAGCCUAUGCUAGGGGAAUCCCCGUACACAUCCCGGUACAGAUGAUGACCCAGGAUCAGGAGCAAGAGCAGGAACAAGAUCAAGAGCCACAAGCGGUAGCCUCGGAAGAGCCCAGACCCCACUAUGUUCAGCCUAGAUCCGUCCGCUCAGUCGACGCGGUCCUGAAGAAGGACCAGAAAAGGGUGAAACGUUGCGCUUGCGACUGCGUUUAGGAGCCGGGAAGAACGCAUACAAAAAAAUUAACCUUAAUAAGAACAUAAGUGGAAAUUGCAGUAUGAAAUAAUGUUACUAAUUUUUAUAUUACAAUGUAAAUAUUGGUUUCCUUAUAGUAGCGUAACGUGGCUUUACUAGAUCUUAGGUCUUCGUGUUAAUUUUGUAAACAAUGUGUAUGGAAUAAUAGAGUUUAAUUGUAAAUAAGUGAUAGAUCGUAACACCUUUUCGGCCCUACCAAUGUGAUAGUUCUGUAUUGUGGCUUCCUGUAAAAACUAUAUAGAAAUAAACAAAAUUUAUUUUUUAC